AGGGGUCGACGUUGGCGUCUCCGCUCAUACAUGUAUGAACCACAUAAACCAUAACCAUAUAGUAAGUAUGUAAGUAGAGUUGUAGUAUUAGUUUUUAGUAGUUCAUGUUGCGUCUGGAAUGACAAAAAUAGUGAGAAAAUUCCAAGUGUAAGUUCGUCAUUCCGAUGACAUACGAAAGAAAGAACCGACCGCUUUAGGAGAACGAGCGUUCGCUGAAUUUCAUGUACUUAGUUACAUCGGCAAGAACCGGAGUUGAUAGCUAGCUUAUGUAUCGAUCCAAUCGAGAAAGAAACACAAACAACUAUAAGAGAGGAAGAUGGACCGGCGUACUCGUGUCGACUUCGUGAACUACUCGUCCAUAUGAACUGCAAAAAUGUCUGGGUCUGGAAGAUUUCAACUUGUCAUGCCGUUUUGGAACUGUAAAAAAAUUUGUAUUGCAUGACCAGCAAGAGGGGUGCAGUUUUUGCUACGCGGACAGGGCAUUUCUCAUGCGGAAGGUGCAUCAGAAAGCCCUCUAAAAGUCUGCGAUGCUAGGUCAAGCAUUACAGGCAUCAUGGGUCAUGAGAAAUAUGCAUGUUGACAAGUCUUGCAUUCUUUUUCUUCCAGACCCAGACAUUUUUGCAUUUGAUAGUCCAUCGAGUACCGAUUCGGCGGCGAGUACUUCGAGUCCGGGACCUGGCGGGAUGCAAAAGUGAAGGAAAACAGCAUUCCCAAAGCUGCCGGGCAACAGCAGCAGCAACAGCAGCCGCUUACCGGGAAUUCGCCGGCGAAGUCUAGCACUUCGCCCUCCGUACUACUAAAGAAGGAACAACUGCCGGCGAAGAAGAAGGAUGGCAGUUUACCGGGUAGCACGUCGAUCUCCUUCGUGAAUAACUCGUGGGUAGCCGGGGUCGCGGGCUACGUCUACUACAUCGGCUCGGAUGGGAGCUGUAUCCACAGAAAAAAACCCAUCCACAUCCAUUUUUUGCAUGGCAAACACAUGAUUUGAUACGUGUUUUGCAUCACAAAUUGGAUGUGGAUGGGUUUUUUUCUGUGGAUAAGCUGUAUCGAAAUCGCUUUCAAGCACCCCAUGAUCGGGAGUAACUAUGCUGUGCAAAAGUAUCGUACUCGUAGUAAUCGCAGUCAUGCAUUACAAAUCUCCUUCUUAACCUAAAUCCGCAUUGCAAAUUCCAUUUUUCAUGCUGAGGGAAUUUGUCAUGCGAUUUCUACUAGUACGAUGCUUUUGCAGUUCAUAGUAACUUGUUUACCGCAAGAAGACACUCGACCUUUACCGGGAAUGCGAAGGUAAUAUAUGAUGUCCUGGUGAUGUUGCCAUUGUCCAGCGUUGCGCUUGCGUAUAAUUUUUGAUGCGGCGCACCCAAACGCUUGCGCUUUAGUUCGUUGCUUUUCGCAUUUAUUAUUUUCCAGGUCGACAGCAGGCAGUAGAUCUAGAUUAGCGACUCGGACGAGGCCACAUAUUCAUAAUCCAAAACCCAGGCUCUUUUCGAGUGCGCCCCGGAAGCCGCUCCGGAAGGUGGCAAGACCCGGUCGAAGCAGUCCAACCUCGGCUGGGUCACAGUGAAGAAUUCCGCCGAGGACAUGCGAAUAACCGUGGUGAUACCAGACACAGCGACAGACGACUUACAGAAUGACGAGGUGUUCAAGAUGAUCGCGCAGCAACACAUCCUCUGUCCCUCCUACGCCACCGUGAGCCACCAGGGCACCACCGCCAUGACCCCCGGCACGCCGGGGGAUUACAACGGAGGAACGAACUUCGACCCGCCAGACCGACUCUCCCCCGGCGGCGCGGACGGUGCGGCCAGGACGUUUGUGGUGCAAAUCGAAAACCGGAGUGAAGAGGAAUUCAUUUUUGACGGGGAUUUCUUCAUCGGCGGGCAGUGGGGCGGGCGGAAACCGCACAUCAAGCCAAGUGGUAGUAGUAAGCCUACUAGUUCAUCGACGUCUACUACGCCAAGUAGCAGCGCUGUCGGUGCUGAACAGAGAACGAACAACCCUGCUUCCCCCUCCAAAGCGCGGUCCAAGGACACGACGACACUGACGUUUAAGUCCGACGCGCUAAUGCAGGGAAUACAGGGGCUGACGUGGUUUGUCAACGCGAGGAACAUGCAGAAAUACCUGUGCUUGUGCUUCUCCAAUCCCAUGUUCGGCGACGGCAUUUUCUUCGCCUCCUGCGGCCACCCACCACACGAAUUGAAGGAGGUGCUGGUGGAAAGCCAGGCGACGUUGGCGGGUAUUUUUACAAUGAGUUCUUUCGUCAGUAGUUUGAAGAUUUCUCGGCUGAUGAGUUUGAGUUUAUUGGUGAUCGUGAUGAGUUUGAAUAUAUCAUGUCGUGAGGGAACUACAGGUGCAGUCGGUUGGCUCUUGCUUGGAUCCGCUACUUUGAAGUAAGUAUUAACGGAAGUAAGAAGAAAACAAAAAUCACCUGCACAAUAAAACCCAAAAAAACAACUACAACAACAGCGAUGGGCACGGACAAACUACACUCCCGUCCGGAGCAGGGCGUCGCGUGGCAAGUGGUCGAGAUGAGUGCGUCGUGCCACCGCGUGAAGCUCAUCAUCCUGGAAAAGCUGCCGUCCAUCGACUGGGGCCUCUACCCACCACCCAAGCCCAAAGUCAGGAGAAGAAGCAGCACGGACCAGGUGCCGUCAGGUACUAAGUGUAUCAGAUAUUAGAAAGUUUGUGUUUGCGGAACUCUAUUGCGUGUACUAGCGUCUUUACCGUUCGUCGGUGCUGCAGAUCAUAAAGCGAGGAGUAAGUACGAAGAUGGCCGCGUACUUACUAUCACACUGAACUAUAACAAUUUUUCCACACGACAGCCACCUCCACCCCUUCCACAGCCGCUCCGGACGGCAAAACCGAGACGAUUUCUAUCCCUGAAACCCCGCCGGAGCCCUCAGAACCGGAGGUGGAGAACAACUACCAACUGAUGCUCCGCAAGGAUGACAAGAAGGACGGCGAAGUCGACGUGGUCACCGCGACUCUGGAUAGUACGCGGCCGCGCGACGCUUUGGACGGAUUAGGCCAAGGGUUAAUGGCCGCUGGCGGCGGGAUUCUGGCCGGGUUCGCCGCGCUCGUCGCGUCCCCGAUCGUCGGCGCGCAGCAGGACGGCGUGUCCGGGUUUUUCACCGGAUUGGGCAAAGGAGCGGUCGGCGCGGUGGCGCUCUCCGCGGGUGGAGUUGUGGCCGGGACGACGCAAAUUGUCCGCGGGGUGGCGAACACGCCGGAGGCGCUGUCGCAGGGGAGCAACAUGAAGUGGGACAGCACUCUGGGGAAGUGGGUGGACGACACGGUGAAUUUGCGGGAAUUGGAGUCCGGAAAAUUGGAAGAGUCCGAGUCGGAAGAGGAGGAAACAGAGGAGUUGAAGGAUAAGUUCGGGGAGAAAGUUUUAGAAACCGAAUACUACGACUUACUCGGCGUCCCCGCGACCGCCACCCCGGGGGAAAUCAAGAAAGCCUACUACAAGAAGGCCCUGGUCUGCCACCCGGACAAGAACCCAAACGAUCCAGAAGCGCACAAGAAGUUCCAGGAGCUGAGUCAGGCGUAUAAAUACAUUGUUUUCAUCUUGUGGCUGUGGUUUUAGAUUUUUCGUGUAUCUAUGCUAAAAUGAAAUGCUUCUUGUGUGUGGUCCCUUCUUUCUCCUAUAUGUGCACGACUUACCGAAGUCGAGGAAGUUUUUUUUUUUUUUUAUCAACAUGAUGUGACAAAUGUGAAUUGAUAUCGCUUUUAAUACUCGUCACAGCUACCAAAUCCUGUCCGACCCGCAGCUUCGCGAGACAUACAACCGAGUUGGAAAAUCCGGACUCUCCCAGCAAGACAUGCCGGACAUUGACCCCGCGCUCUUCUUUUCCGUCCUCUUCGGGUCCGAACAGUUCGAGGGCUACAUUGGCAAGUUGUACAUCGCAUCACAAGCCGAGUCCCUGAUGCAGAAACUGCAGAAGAAGGAACAGGUGGACAACUUGGAGCAGGACAUCAAGAACGGCAAAGUUGAUUCCCUAGUCACCGACAAGAGCAAGAACACCGCGAAACGGCUGAAGCGGAACCAGGUCCGCCGGGAGAUCAAGCUCGCCAUCGCGUUACGCGACCGGCUGAAGCCCUGGGUGUUGCUCCGGGACGAGAAAAACUUUCUCGCCGCCAUCGCGGCGGAGGCACAGGAGCUGAAGAAGGCGAGCUUCGGACAGCGGAUGCUUGCGACGAUCGGGUUCAUCUACGAAAACAAGGCGGAGCAGUACCUCGCGGAGCAGGGCGGUGAAUGGAGCCUGUUUUCCGCCUCCGGGUGGAAGGAAACGGGGGCGAAGACGCAGCGGAACAUGCGGUUAGUCGGGCAGUUGACGAACGCGGGUCUAGCACUCAAGAAGCUCCACGCAGAAGCGCAGAAACUGGACGAGGAAGAUUUGAAAGAGGAGGGAGAUGAGCAAGCGGAUAAAGCUGCAGCAGCAGAGAAGAAGGACGGCGAUGUUGGCGGUGACAACAAGAAGGACAGCGCCAGUGCAGCUUCUAGUGCAUCUGCUGCUCCGGGAGGUGCCGCAGCAUCAGCUAGUACAUCUUCACCCAGUAAAAGCGCUGCAGCUGCUGGCGCGACCCCAAAGGGAGGUCCUGCUGGGACGAAUACUGCAUCAACCUCUUCAACGUCCGCCGGCGCAGCAGGAACAGCAUCAGGAGCCCAAUCUUCAUCAACAGGAGCAGCAGCAGGCACUGCAACUACAGGCGGGACAACAUCUUCAGCAGCCCAAGCUCCGUCAAAGCCAGCCCUUACCCCAGAAGAGGAAGCGAAGAAGAAGCAGCAGCAGGAAAGGAAGAAGCAGGAGCGCAAAGCCGCUGCAGCCCGGGAGAUGGAACAGUCGCUGCCGAUCUUUUUGGAGAUCAUCUGGGAGUUUUCCGCCUCCGACAUUGAGUCCACCGUCGCGUCGGUGUGUAAAUUCUUCCUCUACGACGUGUCCGUCCCGUGGAUUCUGCGCAUCCGCCGGGCCGCGGCGUUGCAGCGCGUGGGACGGAUUUUUCAGGACAUCGCGACCAUGACGGACAAGGAAUUAGAUUCCGCGGACGCGAAAUCAAAGCUGGAGCAGGCCUUUGUCACCACGAUAACGAAGGAAAAAGGGAAAGAGAAGGAGGGCGGCAAGGGGAGUGGUAACACGCCGACCAGCGGCGGGGCGAAGGCGUGAGCUGUAGAGGAGUGAUGACGAUCGUCGUGCGCUUGUUAACCUGUGGUCCCUGUACUGGAUAGAUAGAUCAAAUAAACCAUGCUGACGCACGAUAUUUUUGGAGAUGAAGACUAGCCAUUGUAUCAGGAGACUACCUAGUAGUCGUGGCGCAGACAGAAAAUGGACUUGAAAGCGACUUUUUUUUACAAGAAGAUUUUCCGGCAAGAUUGAUUCAUACUUUACACAUACGCGACUCCGCGGCUAUCUUAUGUUUUUCCUGCCCUCCCAGUCUACAGACUUCACUCACCUCAAUAAAGAUAGACGUCGCCCUUCGUCUGUUUUCAUGUCACGACGACGGCGACGCGCAGCUAGCAAUAGCAUCGCCUGCAUCUGCUGCCCCGUUUUCUUCAACCCACGUGAGUGACCCACAAACAGAAAGAAACCUGCUGCACAGACAACAUGACUUCUUAGAGCAGUAACAUUUUCCCAUGUAGCAUUUUAUGGCAAAGGCACAUGAUCAUGCGCCAAAAGGAAAAGCAAGAAGGAGAAAAUGAAACUCAGCGCCUUGUUCUACAAAGA